UUUUUAAUCUGUAAAAAAUAGGAGUGUUUUGGGGAAGGAAGUCGCGUAUUUUAUUUUAUAAAUUUUUUACGGUAAACAGUGAAUCAUUCCGCCGGCCGUUCAUGUGGUCACAAAGAAAACUGCUAACUGUUUUAAUGCCGUGAUAAACUCGUGUCCAAAAUGAGUAAGAUGUCGAAGAAUAAAUUAAACUUGACCCUCCCACCGGGGUCUAUUGACACGGCCCCGGCUGUUACACCGUCCAAUAUGACCCCGCAGCUGAAAUCUGCGACGGCUUCAGAACGGCAGGGUCUAGCGGGCAAGUCGAAAACUAGCAUUGAAGCACUCACAGAGCGGCUAGAACAGAUAGAAAUGGAUGAUACUCAGCGUCGCAGGAUAGAAGUGUUCCUGUGUCAGAAGGAGAAGAUUGGUGAACUCAGUGAUGAUGACUUCGAAAAGCUAGGGGAAUUAGGCCAAGGUAAUGGGGGAGUGGUAAUGAAAGUGCGACACAAGUCUACGGGUCUCAUCAUGGCGAGAAAGCUCAUACAUCUGGAAGUGAAGCCAGCAAUAAAGAAGCAGAUCAUAAGAGAGCUUAAAGUCCUCCACGAAUGUAACUUUGCUCACAUCGUUGGCUUUUACGGAGCUUUCUACAGUGACGGUGAAAUUUCCAUUUGCAUGGAGUAUAUGGAUGGAGGGUCCUUAGAUUUAAUAUUGAAAAAGGCUGGAAGGAUUCCUGAAUCCAUUUUAGGAACAAUAACAUCGGCCGUCCUCAAAGGGCUGAGCUAUCUGCGCGACAAGCACGCGAUCAUGCAUCGUGACGUCAAACCGUCCAACAUACUGGUGAAUAGUAACGGAGAGAUCAAGAUAUGCGACUUCGGCGUAUCGGGACAACUCAUCGAUUCUAUGGCUAAUUCCUUUGUUGGCACUAGGAGUUAUAUGUCGCCCGAGCGCCUCCAAGGCACGCACUACUCGGUGCAGUCCGACAUCUGGUCCCUGGGCCUGUCGCUGGUGGAGAUGGCGAUCGGCAUGUACCCCAUCCCACCGCCCGACGCCAACACCCUGGCCGCCAUCUUCGGCAGCAGCAACGAGGACCAUUCCCCGGGGCAGGCGCCGAACUCCCCGCGUCCGAUGGCAAUAUUCGAACUCCUCGACUACAUAGUGAACGAGCCGCCGCCGAAACUGCCGACGGGCAUCUUCUCCGACGACUUCAAAGACUUUGUCGACCGAUGCCUGAAGAAGAACCCCGAUGAGAGAGCCGACUUGAAAACCCUUAUGAGCCACUCGUGGAUCCGCGCGGCGGAGUGCGAGCGCGUGGACAUCGCCGGCUGGGUGUGCAAGACCAUGGACCUGAUGCCGUCCACGCCCAACUCCAAUGUGUCUCCUUUUUCUUCAUAAGCUGCAAGAAGUGCAUACUUUCAUCAGCGAAAAAGGGUCAAAACAUUUCCCAAGAAAGAGCAGGCGAGACAAUCAGUGAGGACGCAAGCGCGGAGGAGUAGCGCACGCCGCGGGCCCGGAACAGUAUGUCAACUCUAGAUACCAUUCACAUCGACCUUACUCACCUGUUACCCGUACCACCGUACCACCGUACCACCAUACCACCGUACUAUCGUAGUAUUAUAGUACUGUAGCACAGUACUAACGUACCGCAGUUCCGCCGUACUACAGUACCGCCGUACUACAGUACCGCCGUACUACAGUACCGCCGUACUACAGUACCGCCGUACUACCGUACCGCCGUACUACCGUACCGCCGUACUACCGUACCGCUGUACCGCUGAACUGCCGUACCACAGUACCGCCGUACCACAGUAACGCCGUACCACAGUACCGCCGUACUACAGUACCGCCGUACUUCCUUACCGCCGAUCCGCCGUACUACCGUAGUAACGUACUAUAGUACCGCCGAUCCCCCGUACUGACGUAGUACCGUACUACCGUGCUACUAUACAGUACUAUCCGUACUACCGUAACACCGUACUACCUUAGUACCGUGCUACCGUACCACCGUACUACCCGUACUAUACCGUACUACCCGCAUUAGAGACGUGAUGUAUUGUAGCGUAUAUCAUAUUGUUUUUUCAUUAUUGACAAUAUUGAUAAUAAUGUUAUAAAAUAUUUAUUUUUAAAUUAUAUUUUUACAUUUGUCUGAUUUUAUUCCAAAAUAAUCGCCUUUUUUAAGAUUAUUUUUAUGCUGUUUUCUUUUUAUUAUUUCAUUUGGUAAUAAAAAAAAAAAAAAAAAAAUUAGUAAGUGAUGUUGUAAUGGACGAUAAUUGUAAUGACUUUACAAUUUUAUAAUAUAACAGGUGAAAAUUAAAUUAAUUAAAAAAGUCUUCAUUCUGAAUUGUAUUAUUUCCUUGACGUGAAAUUUGUAGAUUUAUGUCCAAAUUGAUGGCAAUUUAUGUACUAAAAAUAAUUGUGAUGUCUAAUCUAGAUACUUCAUACACAUGAUAUUAGUAAAUGUAUCGGAAACUUCGAGUUUUUAUAAUAAAAUGUGUACUGUUGUUCUUCGGUUGAUUGUAAUUAUAUGAUUUUAUAAUAAUUUUAUGUUUUAUGCUAAUAUGUGACGAUAAAUAUAUGAAUAAUAUUAUUUAUAUUAUGUAUAUUUAUGAAAUCACGUCUCUUGUUAAAAACAUUUACAUUACCUGUAGCAUUAUACGAAAACAAUCCUUUGGGUGAUAUGCGAUUCAAACGAAAAAAAAAUAUUGAAUUUAAUUUUAGAAAUUGGCUAAUUAAGGUUUUUGUAGUGGUGCAGAAAACGAAAAAACAUUUUUGGGAAUGAUUAAAGGCAGCGUACAUUGCCAUUUCCGACUCGUAUAUUUUGUAUAUGACGUCAUGAAAUUUCAAAGAUGGCGUGCCUUUAGCUAGACUAUGGGGGCGUGACUAAAACAUAGUGCAUUCGGGGGUGAAACUAAUCGAAGGGGUUUCUAACAACUAAAUCGAUUAAUGGUCAAGUAGAGUUGAUUUCACUAGUCGCAAGUCGAAAAAAAAAAUGUUAGUAGUGUUUUGACAUAUUUUUCUUUGCUGAAAGUGCGUAAUUCAUGUCAGCUGAUACUUGUUAUUUAUAUAGAUGGAUGUUUUUUACAUCCCGAGUGUUGCAAUACUCAAAUGGCUGCGUUCCGCCGGCAUGGGAGUGUUGCAAACCUCCAGUGGAUCAUAGUGACCUGUAAAAUAGAGAACAUUUUUUAGAAAUACAAAAAGAAAAAAAAAAAUAAAAAUGGAAAAAAUAAAAUCGUAGAUAUCGGUUCUUUAUUCUUACGAGUAUAUCGACGUGAUGCACUUAUCCGUUUGGUUUGACUUUUUUUUUAUCCGCUUUGUUUUAGUGAACCCGCCUCUUUACCUUACCAUUGCACUUAGAUUAGGCAUUUGAUACCUCUAUUGGUGAUGUGAUUCGGUUUCCUUUGUGUAUUGCGAUCGACGAAUCCUUUGGAAAGGGGUUUUGCUAAAAGUUAAAUAACAACUUAGACGUUACGCAACUGCAGUUUAUUUAACUAAUAAUUUGUCCACAAGUUUUAGAUUUUUUCUAGCUACGACUUACGGAUUAAUGCAAAUUAAUCUUGCAUUAAUCCGUAAGUAACGAAUAUUUUGACCACACCAUUUUAUUCGUCAAUUAAAACGUUCAAUAUUUGAAUAGAAAUGUGGGUAAAUUUAUAUUCAAAUCCUAUAUGUUACUACCGCCUACUCCAUUACCUAUACCUCCAAAUAUAUAUAGACCUACCUAUACCUCCAAAUAUAGACCUACAGUCUACUCCUAUACCUAUACCUAAAAGUAGACAAAAUAUAACUCUCUAUUUCCGGUCCUUUAAGUAUAGCAUAUAAUAUUAUAUUCUUCCAAUAGACACACCUACAUAAUUUAUAUUGGUACAUUUCUAUUCAAUUCUUUUGCGUUUUAAUUGUGGAAUAAAAUGGUGUGGUAAAAAUAUCAGUUAAAUUAAAAAACACUUUUCAAUAUAGAUUUUUUCUAGCUACGACUUACGGAUUAAUUUGCAUAAAACGUGUAGGCAAUUGGAUUAUAGAUAAUGGUGUACAAUGAAGGAUUUGACAGGAAACGCGUGUGAACUCAAGAAACGUUCUUAAAAUGAAAUGAACCUUCAGUUUAAAUACAACAAAUGCGCUUGGCAAAACUUAAUCUGUGCCGGAUUAACAUAAGUUGAUGCUGUAAGCAAUCGUCCUUAGUGUGCCCCUUUAUCUUACACUAACUACAAUAUAAUUAAAAAAAAUGUUAAUAAUUUUAAAAGCGCGGAUUUAAAACGCUUCGGUGCCCCCUAAUCGGGAUGCCCCAUGCAAUUGCUUAAAUAGCUGAUAGGCUAAUCCAGGACAGAACUUACUAGUACAUCAAAAGCGAAACUGACUUUUCUGAAUAGAGUGACUAUACUCAGCAGAAGACAAUUCUGCUAAGUAACUCUAGUAGGAUCUGCCUUUUGAUGCAUUACAAACAGUCAUUCCAAAUGACUCUGUUCUACCACCUGAUAAGUGACUAAAAAUUAAUUUGGAUUAUUCGUCACUCAUCAAAAAGUGGUGAGAAACGUCCUGAUCAUAGUUGGAUUAAAUUAUUUUAAAUUCAUUUUUAAAUAUAGGUUAUUAAAUGUUGCUUAUUUUUGUCUUUGGUUCAAAAAAAUUAACCCCUCAAUGGCGCGAUUGCAAUUCCAAUAGGAAACCAACAUCAUAUCACUAACAUACGCACUGAAAGUGGGAAUGAAUAUAACCGAUCGAUCGAUUCUUAGCGCUUCUACACAAUGCCGUUGUUCUAAUAUUAAUCGUAUGUAUAAUGCACUUUAUCCCCGCGUAGUUAGGACGUUUUUCGCUUGGUGCUCGCUAUUGUUUGCCCAGUCUUCCUUACACAGGGAGAUUCUGUUUGUUGUGCGAAUUUUUUUUUUUGGUGAUUCUGUAUGAUUAAUAGAACAUUUUCCCUUCGUUUUUCAAUAGAACAGUUCUGCAAGCUUAUUCACUAUCUUUGAUGUAUACUAGUACUAUACUAGUAGUGACUUAAAAGAAAUUGAGAUUCUAUGUAACAAAUGUCAUCUGGUGACUACUGGUGGAUAUCAUACAGUAGGUAGGUGACAUUUCUCAAUUUAUUUGAUGUCUGUUUAUUUUAAUACUUGACAAUAAAGACCAAAAUAGUGAAAGUUUUUUUUUUCAAUUUCUGUUUCCAAAAAUAACAAAAUAAUGGACACACAGUUUAGGUAAACACAAACAUACUGUUAUACCUAAACCAUAAUUUUAAUAUUCCAAGACUCUAAGUAAUGAAAAAAUCGUAUUUAAUUAUUUACGUUUAUAAACAAAAUGUAAAAAAUUGCGCACAGCAAAACAAUCCUCCUGUAUAGUGUUAAGUAGUGUUUUUUUUUAAUCUUUGUGAUAUUUUAUACACACAUGCAUGCUAGUUUGUGAAGUGUUUUGGCUUUUCACUGUGCAUUUAUUGAAUUUUUAAACGUGAUGUUUCUAAGUAUUUAUAUUAUAAAUUAUUAUAAUUAAGUUUUACUUUAUCGAUGUAUUUGUGAAUGGGAUUUAUGUGUAUUUAUAAUGGGCGUGUGUUUGACAGUUUUUUCGUAUAUUUUUCUAAUUACACACGAGUCAAUUUACACAAACUGUGUGUAUUUAUGUUAAAUAACGUAGCUGUUCGGCCUGAGUAAAGGCGUUAUACCAUUGCUGCGCAGUGAUACCGCAAAAUACUCGUAUUUAUUUAAUUAUCCAUGUAACUAACGCGUUAUCAACUGGGUCGUCGGGCCAACAACGAUUUCAAUGUCUAUCUAACUAUUGAAAUUUAUGCCAUCACAAUUCAGUUGGUAACGCAUUUACAGUAGCACUGGCCGAAAUACGUAGAUACCAGCGGCGAAGAGUUCAUACAGGCCGAUUCCCGCCAGGAUUAAAAAUCCGUACAAAUAUAUUCAUUAUUGUAAUGAAUAUAUAUGUAUGGAUAUAUGAAAAACCGGAGUUUGUAUCAGUAUUUCCUUUUCUUUGGGACGGGACCUUCGUUAACAUUCCAUCCUUCGCCACUGGUAAAUACUCAAUAAUAAUCGACGAUCCGACAUGAUUGUAUCGCGCUAAGUGUAGUUCUAGUUUGUACCGCAUCGUACCGGAACAUUUAGUAUUUUAUAACUGUACCAUGCGCAGCAAUGGACGACCGCCCUUAAUGUUCGUAAAAUAAUGGUUAUGCAUGUAUGACGAGUAAAGACAUACUAUUAGAUUAGUACACGUAUAUUUGAAUGUAUAUAAUAUGAGUUGGGUAGGUUUUAUAUAAUUUUUAUGUAAGUAAAAUCAGAUUUUUUUCAAUGACGAUAUAUAAUUAUAAUAAUUAUAUAUAUAUGAUUAGUAUUUCAUCAAUAAUAUUUAACGUGAGAUUUAAUUAAAUAUGAGUAGGUGUGACCUACUGUGAUCAUGUGGACAACAUUUAUUUUUUAGCUUGCAAUAGUCAGACAUACUGACGACUGAAGGAAUUACUCCUCAUGAUAUCCUUAAAAAAAUACGUUUUAUACUUUGACGAUUGAGGAUCUAGAUUCUAGACCCUUGAAACCAAAUGUCACCACGUUGCUAGAACCAGCUCAUGACUAAGUUCCCCGUAUGUAUACGUGAGUUUUAGCCGUGUUUCAUAAUCAAUUAAUAUGAUAAACACUCAUGAUAGUUUUAAUUCUAAAUUAGGUAUAUCUGGCUAUCGCAGGCUUUCGGUUCAUUACUAUAUUUAUGUUUUCUAUUAUAAAAGUCAAGAAGACAAAUAUAUGUAAAAUUCAUAUUGAAAUUGUGCCAUUUUAUAUCGCAUUCAUCAAUAUUAAGGUGAUUGCUCAUUAGAGCGAUUCGUGCUGCGUUGCUCUAAUGCACAAUCAUCUUAAUGUUGACGUAAUAUUAACUUGAAUAUGCUAUGAUAAUACAUUCUACAAUCAAUUUUUAUGGAUAUUUUUUUUACAUUGUAUGUAUCAGGUACAUAAAAAGGCACAAUAUAGUCAUGUUUUUAGAUAAAAAAGUGUAUUUUGCAUCGAUUUAACUUAAUUAUGUAUUUAAUAUUAUUAUUGUGGAGCUUAUGAAUUAUGUAAUUAAUUAAUUAGUUGGAUCGUACAUUGGUGUAUUAAAUACCGAUUUAAAAAAGUAUGAAUUUGAAUGGUAUGGUGUAUUUUCUAUAAUACGUAAUUCUUAAUUCGGUAGCAUACAAAACAACUUCACUAAUAAAGAAUAACCCCUACUCAGGAUUCGAACCAACGAUCUUCAACAAAUAUGAUUUGAAAAAAAUAACAAAAUAUACUCAGAGGCACAUUUAUCCGCCCACUUAAUAUACUCGCGUCAUAUUAAAGAGGGCGGAUAAUUGUGCCUCUGAGUAUACUACAAUACAAUAUCUUAGUAGGUAGUUUUAAAGAAUAGUUCAUUUUGUUUACUACCGAAUAGUCUUUAUUAUGUAUUUAUAAUGUAUCGCUACUUAUGAAAUUAGUAAAAAAAAAUAUAAAAUAAAAAUAGGAAGACAGUUAUUCUUAUUGUUUAAUUACUUAUGACACGAAAAAGAAACACCAAUAAAGAGAUGCUAUUUUCAUAGAUUGUAACCAAUUCUCUUUUAGUUUUAGUUGUAAAGUGACUUGCUGGGCCACGGGAUCGGGCCACAUGGCGAUGCGAUGAGCGGAGCGGAAAGUAUAGCUUCCGCUAAGUUAAGGCGGAAUUGUCUGACGUGUCGUGUCAUGACGCAUCAGAACAGAAUCGGUAUCAUACAUUUUGCGUCACGACACGAUACGUCAGACAAAUAUAAUUCCGUCGUGUGUCGUGACCAUCAGAACAGAAUCGGUAUCAUACAUUUGUCUGACGUGUCGCUGUUGCCGUAGCCAUAAUAUUAUACAGGGUGACACAAGAUACAUUCCUUGCAGGUAGACUUUUUAUACUUAUUUGUCUAUCAGAAAUAAAAUAUAAUUACAAAACAAGGGAACUUUUUAACUUGAAAAUGGGUUGUCUUAUAAAAACUCUUAAAUGUGAUAUUCGAGUACCGACCACAUGACAUCACAUGAGUAAAUUGGUUGCAAAUCUUUUGAAAAUUAUUUGAAAUUGAGCUCUACUUAGCCCCCUCCAAGGAAUGUAUUUUGUUUCCGGACAUCCUGUAUAAUAUUAUAGCCUCAGACCAAUUAUAGAAGGACCUGUAUCACACUCAUAGUCACGAACAAAAUUGUCUGUCAUUUUCUGAGGAAAACGAGCUUAGAUUUGGUAUAUAUCUUAAACUAAACUAGAAGUUUUGCCCGUUUUUUACACAAUUCAAUUACACAAAAAGGUAUUUUUACGAAGCUCUUUUACCGACGAACACGAUUGAAACUAUUUAUCAUCAAUUAUAUAGAGACAGUUUUUAUAAUCGCAUUAGAUCGGUGAUCAUAUACUUUGACAGAAAAGUAACGUCUAGCGAGGCAGGUCCUAUACAAUUAUUGGUCUGAGAUUAUAGCUAAUAUAUUUUACGCCCGUGGCCAACACGUUACAGAUUUUAGAAAUUGUUUCAUCAUUGGUCUAAAGGAUUAGAAAAAAAAGAUAAAAAUAAGAAAAACAUUUGUAUUCAAAUUUAAUCUUUUUUAUUUUGUAGUUAGCUUCUUAUAAAAUUAGAAUACAAAAUAAAUGUUAAUUGAAACCUAA